CCCCUGCACUGCAGGAGGAGCAGCAGUCAGCAAGGCUCAGUCCCUCUAUCUGUCCAGGAGGGAGACUCCUGACCACCAGGGACUCCUGACCACCAGGGACUAAGACACUUUGAGUGACUGUCCAGCUGGGCAGGGGACAGGAGGUGGACAUCAGUGUUCAUAGGGGCUUCAGAACUGAGGCUCCACCCCAGAGGGAGAAGGCCUUGGGAAGGGUCUAAAGGGACUGACCAUUCUAUGAUGUCCAGUCGACUCCUCAGCACCCCUGACCCUGGGCCCCUGGCCUGGUCUCGAGUGUAGGUCACUACAGGCAGGUGCUCUGGGCCACCAUCAGCAUGCUCCUGAGAGCAGGGACUGUCUCCUCACCUGGCAGACGGUGGGAGGCACAUGGGGUGCUGGAGACGGCCACACCUCUGGGAGCAUCGUUCAUGCCAUAGCCAUGUGACAGCACCCCUGCAGUUGUGCAGUGCACAUCACAUGGGACCAUCUCUGGCCACCCACAGCAUGAUCCAGCCCAUUGGCCAUGCAAAUCGCUCCUCUCCCAGGGCCAGUGGGCCUGGGCUUCUGAUCUGCCCGCAGGAGAUGCAGGGAGUAUCUUAGGUGAACAGAGGGUUCUGCAGAGCCUCCUGGAGGACCCUGCACCUGAAACUCAGGUACCUGGGUUCCAACAGGCCACAGCUGCCUCCUGCUCCCAGCAGCAGACAGAGCAGGGCAGCCACUGGGCAUCUGCAGAAAGGGGCCAGCUGGCUGGAUGGCAACCCAGGCUGCAGGCAAUGUUCUGAGACGCUCAGCCUGGCUCUUGUGUCCAUCAGUUACUCCUGAGUAGACGGAGGGUCCGAAGGAGGGCUUGCCCCUGGGGCCCCACACUGGGAGGGGCUAGGAGUAGAGACACAUGCUCCAUGCAGAUGGUGCCCACAACACCAUGUCCAGGGGCCUGGUGUCCACCUGACAUCAAGAUCCCAGUGGACCCCCAAGGAGGGGGACUGGGCAAGGGGCCCACCCAGGGCUGGCCCUAGUGUCUCAGUCCCUUCUCAAUCCCACCAACUUCCCCAGCUCCCUGGGCAGGUCAAAGCCAAGUCAGGGCUGCGGGCUGCGUUCUCUGUCCUGCACACGAGGGCCCUGCCUCUGCCCGGCCCCAGCCUGACUGAUGGAGGUGUUAGCAAGACACUUCUGCCCAUCUCUGACGCCCAGAGCCGCCCACGGCCAGGCCCAGUCCUCCUCCAGGGCUGGAGCGUGGGCCGCUUGAGAUGCCGUUCGCUCCCCUGGAGUGGGAACGCUGAGCCCAGGGCAAUGCGUGCUUGGCAGCUAGGCUCCCCUGGGCCACCGUGCUCAUUGUCCCACCUCCUCACAGCAGACCACAUGGCUGCCAAACUGGGCUGCAGCCCAGAGCGGCCUGUGCAGGGCAGGUCUGGAUGCCCCGACCCGCCUCGGGACUGGUGAGCCCACUGUGCCCAACCCUCCCUGGCCCCUUAUGCCCGGCUGUCCUUGGGUGCCUUUUGUUCUGGGAAGCCCAAGACAGAGGUGGGUCCUCUUGUUCCCAACCCCACCAAGUGCCCCAGAUGAGACCCUGCCUGGUGAGGGGAGGGGACACUACCCCACUACACUGGGCUCCACAUGCUGGGAGCCCCCAUGUGCAGAGGCCUGGCGCUUGGUGUACUGGGCUGGCUGGUGCCCCUCAGGAGUGCCUGUGCUCACGCCUGGGCCCCGCAGUGGGCACUGCCCCGGGUCAUCUGAUGCCAGCUGGCCCAUGACGCCUGUGCUAUUCCUGGGAACCUGUGUUUACCCCCAACACAGGCGGGCACACGUCAUCUCCAUGUUCUUGGGCCAGCUGAAGAAGGCCAGGGAGACAGGGCACCACCCAGGGUGUCUGGGCUCCCUGGCCUCUAGCCCUGGUGGCCUGCAGCCCUUGGCCAUCUCAUGUCCCUGGAGGCCAGCCAGCCCUCGGGGGAGGCCGUGUGUAGCAGAACAUGCCAGUCCUGACUGUGCCACAGAUUUGCCUUCUCUGGGGACCUUGGCUUCCCCAGCUGUCACAGGGACCUCCCUGCCUGCCCCCAAGUGGCAAGCACCCCAGUGUGAAGGUGGGGGACACUGUGCCUGCCAUUGGGGGCAGAGAAGGUAGGCUGGCCCCAUCCUGAUGGACUCGCCCCACAGGCCUGGGACAGGACCCGGGCCUCCUGAGGCCCACAGGCAGAGCUGAGGUCCCCAAGCUGCCCCUUCCUCCCCACCCUGCCACCCGGCCUCUCAUCCCCUGCCUGCAGGCAGCCCCUCUAGGUCCCUCCCUGUGUCGUCUCUGUGGAGGCCCACGCAGACCACCUCCAGCACCCAUGCCUGCGUCCCUCUUUGUCCCUCUUGCCCUUUCCCCACGGGCACUCUGGGGCCAUCGUCAUCUGCUCACAGAGCCCUGGUCAGGUCAGACUGCCCCCCCCACAUCUCCCAGGGCUCUGCUGGCCAGGGACACUGGGGAGGGCAGAGCCAGCCCUGACUGGGGUGCCCGCAGUGCCUUGGCCAGGUCGGACGUGGCUGGGAGGCUCCUGAUGGUCCUGCCCUGUGGGCAUGGGCGGCAGCGCCAACGUCUGUUCAUGGGCCUCGGGGCAGACCUGACGGAGCCUCACACAUGCAUCGGAAAACCUAACUGGUGUCAGGGGACCGUGUGGGGGACUGGCUUCUGGCAGGGGGGCAACAAUGCUGGCCACACGGUGGUGGUGGACGGCAAGGAGUACGACUUCCACCUGCUGCCCAGCGGCAUCAUCAACACCAAGGCCGUGUCCUUCAUUGGCAAUGGCGUGGUCAUCCACUUGCCCGGCUUGUUUGAAGAGGCAGAGAAGAACGAGAAGAAAGGACUGAAGGACUGGGAGAAGAGGCUCAUCAUCUCUGACCGGGCCCACCUGGUGUUCGACUUCCACCAGGCCGUGGACGGGCUUCAGGAGGUGCAGCGCCAGGCGCAGGAGGGCAAGAACAUCGGCACCACCAAGAAGGGAAUCGGACCAACCUACUCCUCCAAAGCCGCGCGGACGGGCCUCCGCAUCUGUGACCUCCUGUCGGACUUUGAGGAGUUCUCCACCAGAUUCAAGAACCUGGCCCAGCAGCACCAGUCCAUGUUCCCCACCUUGGAAGUAGACGUGGAAGGGCAGCUCAAGAGGCUCAAGGGCUUUGCUGAGCGGAUCAGACCCAUGGUGCGCGACGGUGUGUACUUCAUGUACGAGGCGCUCCACGGCCCCCCCAAGAGGAUCCUGGUAGAAGGCGCCAAUGCAGCCCUCCUAGACAUUGACUUCGGGACCUACCCUUUUGUGACUUCUUCCAACUGCACGGUGGGUGGCGUGUGCACGGGACUGGGCAUCCCCCCGCAGAACAUAGGUGACGUGUAUGGAGUGGUGAAGGCCUACACCACCCGCGUGGGCAUCGGGGCCUUCCCCACCGAGCAGAUCAAUGAAAUCGGAGAUCUGCUGCAGAACCGUGGCCACGAAUGGGGGGUGACCACGGGCAGGAAGCGGCGCUGUGGCUGGCUGGACCUGAUGAUCCUCAGAUAUGCCCACAUGGUCAACGGGUUCACGGCGCUGGCCUUGACCAAGCUGGACAUCCUGGACGUCCUGGGUGAGAUCAAAGUCGGCGUCUCGUACAAGCUCAAUGGAAAGAGGAUCCCCUACUUCCCAGCUAACCAGGAAAUACUUCAGAAGGUUGAGGUGGAGUACGAAACACUGCCCGGCUGGAAAGCAGACACCACGGGUGCCAGGAAGUGGGAGGACCUGCCCCCCCAGGCCCAGAGCUACGUGCGGUUUGUGGAGAAUCACGUGGGUGUGGCAGUCAAAUGGGUUGGCGUUGGCAAGUCCAGAGAGUCCAUGAUCCAGCUGUUUUAGAUGAGCCGACCCGGGCAGGCCACAGCAGCCCCUGUCCCCGUGUGAGCCGCUGUAGGUGUCACAGCUACACCAUCCACGGAAACAGGAAAAUGGGUUUCUGCACUUUGAUUUUCUAUUUAAGCCUUCAGCUCAACCCACUGAAUUCUGCGAUGGUCUUAAUCAUCUGCAAGUGAGCUCCAUGUACAGUUUUUAAGAUUCUGCUGUUUAAAAUGAGCCUAAGUGCUUCAAACAGGGCCCCUGGCACACUGAUGUCACAUGGUGUGUCCAGCUGGAGCCAUGUUGCAAUAAACACAUCCCAGAGUCACUGA